ACAAAUUCGCUGAUGGUGAUCCCACCAACAAUGAUUUCUUCAAUACAACGUUCGAAACCGAUCAAAACGAGCUUAAUCUGCGCUUUGGUGGCGACGUCCGGGGUUCCAUGGCACGAGAUCCUCACGGUACUCGUGACCAAGGACUAGAGACGUGUGCGGAAGUAAAGUAG